AUGGAUCCAGAUGAAGUUGGGGAGCAAAGAGGUGAAGGGCCAUCCAAGUCGGAUAGGGUUUUACUGGGAUACAGCCGAGUUAGAGAAGUGGAUAAUAAUCCACAAGUACCGAAGGAUGAUGUUCUAUUAGCGAGGGUACCUGCUUCAGUUGAACAAACUCAUGAAAGUAGCAUUGAGGGAGGUCUAGACCCGUUGGUAGUGGACGAUUGGUUAGAUGAAGUUGAAAAGCAUUUCAGGGCAAUAACAGUGCCCAAUGAUCAGUUGAAGAUUACCUUAGCCACGUAUAAGUUUGUUAGCCACAUGGAAGUAUGGUGGAAGACCAUGACUAGCGCGCAUGAUAUUGACAGUAUGAGUUGGGAUGCAUUCAAAGGUCUUUUCUUUGAUAAGUAUUUCCCGCAGACUAAGAGAUGGGAAUUGAGGAUGCAGUUUGACGAACUUGAACAAGGUGACAUGUCAGUGACAGAGUAUGAGAAUAAGUUCACUUCUCUUUCACGUUUCUCUACGGAGGUGUUAGGGAACGAGGAAGUAAAGACAUGA